AUGCCACCCAAGGACGAUAAGAAGAAGAAAGAUGCCGCCAAGUCUGCCAAGAAGGACAAGGACCCUGUGAACAAGUCUGGGGGCAAAGCUAAGAAGAAGUGGUCCAAGGGAAAAGUGCGAGACAAGCUCAACAAUCUGCUUAUGUUUGACAAAGCAGCGUCGAACAAACUCUGCAAGGAGGUCCCCAACUAUAAACUUAUCACCCCUGCAGUGCUCUCAGAAAGACUGAAGAUUUGGGGUUCUCUAGCCCGGGCAACCCUCCAAGAACUGCUUAUUAAAGGUCUGAUUAAGCUGGUUUCCAAACACAGAGCACAAGUGAUAUAUACUAGGAACACCAAGGGUGGAGAUGCUCUAGCUGCUGAAGAUGCAUCUGGCAACUUGCUCUCUCGACUGGUGCAGCAGCCCCACUUCUCUCUGCACCCCCUCACACGCCAAGCUAAUUCACCAGUGGCACUAGGGCUGUGCCCAGUGGGGCUCGAGGGGCCCGUGCCUCCUGCUGCACACCUGGGGCCUGGCACAGGCUGCAUCAGAGGCCAGCCUGCAUGA